CCUGACCUAUAAAGCUGUGAGCGCGGCCCCUCCCGGAGCAGUCUGUGAGCGGAGAGGACAGGAGUUGUCACUGCUGCUGGUCGUGUUCAGGUGAUUAGAAAAUGACUAAAAGUACGGGAGUGAGGGUUGUCCAAGGACUACUCAUUUUUGGAAAUGUAGUCAUCAUGUUAAGUGGCCUUGCAUUGACAGCUGAAUGCAUCUUCCAUGUUUCGGAUCAGCAUAACCUCUGGCCCUUCCUUGCAGCUACUGAUAAUAGUGACAUUUUUGCUGCUGCAUGGAUCGGACUUUUUGUUGGCUUUUGUCUGUUUUUGCUGAGCAUUGUUGGUAUAUUUGGAAUCAUGAAAUCGGCCAAGAAAGUUAUUUUGACAUACCUAAUAUUGAUGCUAAUUGUCUACAUAUUUGAAGCUGCCUCUUGUAUCACAGCUGCAACACAAAGAGACUUUUUUGUUCCGAAUUUCUUCCUCAAACAAAUGUUGCAGUUGUAUGCUAAGCCAGAUCCACAGACUGAAGCUGAAAUCAGAACCAUUCCCGGCCUUACAAAUGCUUGGAAUCGCGUCAUGUUUGAUAACAACUGUUGUGGUGUAAAUGGACCUCCGGACUGGAUUGAAUAUAACUCUGCAUUCAGAUCAGAACAUUCCGAUUCCAAGUUCCCCUGGCCUCGACAGUGUUGUACCACGGACCAAUUUGGCCGAAUGCUAAAUGUAACUGGCUGCAAACUUGGUAUUCCUGGCUAUGUUUAUAAUCAGGGUUGCUUUGAUUUCAUCGCUGGACCUAUGGAUAGACAUGCUUGGGGUGUAGCAUGGUUUGGAUUUGCCAUCCUUUGUUGGACAUUCUUUGUCCUUGUUGGAACAAUGUACUACUAUGCUAUACUGGAUAAUUGAAUCACAUUGUUGGACUUGCAUCAGAAUGGAGUUCAAUGAUUUCCAGCUGCCUACCACAUGGCAAUACUGAGGAGAGCACACUUGAACUGCACCGAUGAUGUAUUGGGAAUUGUAACCGUUCUUGUAUAAAAUGUAUUUUACCUCUCCCCUGCAUCUUGGCCUGAUGAAAGAUCUCUUGAAAUGAUUCUAAUUCCCACUUGCAUUCUUACCAAGCAAUAUUGUGGUCCCUUUUCUAUGGAAUGAUGAAUUUUGACCCACUUCUCCUCUAACCCUGCCAUGAACAAAUGAUACGUGUUGAAAAUUGUAUAUAUCCCACCUAUAUCUUGCCUAUUUGUUAAGAGAAAAUGUUUCAGCCAUAUUUCUGAGUCACAAUUGUUAUAAAAGGUAUCAUUCCUUAAUUUAUGAGUAGAUCUUCCUUUCGUUGCUCCUUGAAUGGUGGAUUAGAGUUUGUCAACUGGUAACAGUGGACACUGCUUUUCUGAAGGUGUUUUAGAAAGAACUUGCUCCUUGACCAUUCCACAAAAUCAUAUUUAACGUUCCUAGCCUUAAUUAAUCAAAAAUUGAUCUUGUUUUUUCACAAUGCUUUUCACUUUUAAGUAAUGGUGGAACUGUAUGAACAAUAAAAAGAGUGGCAGAAAUUCUGGUGUUUUGGACACAGUGUAAGCUGAAUGUAACUGGAGAUGUACUUGAGUAGAGAGAUAGUAGGUAAAUCUAAGUACACAUGAACCUGUCUUGGAAAAUAAAUGCAGGUAUAUUUGGAGAUUGUCUUCGUCUUUCCACCUGUAAACGAAUCGUGUAUUAAGCAUGUAAUAUACAUACAUUAUAGGGCUUUUGUAUCUAAUGUAUGGAAGCAUUAAUUUUUAAUAAAUUAUGAAUAUUCAGA